GAGAGCAUAAACGUGCCAGCAAACUUUCCAAUUGCUGUUAGUUCUAGUGAAACCACCGGCUGGUUUGGUUUAGUGGUGCUCUCGUCUUGUAAAAAAGAAAAAUAUCGCAAAAAUGUCGAUGCUUCGUUUGAUUGGUGCUGAGGCCCGUUUGUUGGCCAAGCGUUCCUACUCAUCGGCCGCACCCACAACCAAAAUGUUCAUCGAUGGCAAAUUCGUAGAAUCCAAGACUACCGAAUGGAUCGAUGUACAUGAUCCAGCCACCAAUCAAGUGGUUACACGUGUACCCAAGUGUACCAAGGAUGAGAUGCAAACCGCUUUGGAAUCCAACAAGAAUGCUUUCAAAUCCUGGUCGAAAACUUCCAUCUUGUCCCGCCAACAAGUCAUGUUCAAAUUGCAGGCCUUGAUCAAGGAAAAUAUGGGUGAGCUGGCCAAGAACAUUACCAAGGAACAGGGCAAGACCUUGGCCGAUGCUGAGGGUGAUGUUUUGCGUGGUUUGCAGGUCGUUGAACAUUGCUGCAGCAUUCCCUCUUUGCAAAUGGGUGAAACCGUUGCCAAUGUUGCCCGCGACAUGGACACCUACUCUUUGGUCUUGCCUUUGGGUGUCACCGCCGGCAUUGCCCCCUUCAAUUUCCCCGCCAUGAUUCCCUUGUGGAUGUUCCCUGUUGCCAUCACCUGCGGCAACACCAUGUUGUUGAAGCCUUCCGAACGUGUCCCCGGCUGCACCAUGAUGUUGAUGGAAUUGUUGAAUGAGGCCGGCUGCCCACCCGGUGUUGUCAACGUCAUCCAUGGCCAACACGAUGCCGUCAACUUCAUCUGUGAUGCCCCCGAAAUCAAGGCUGUCUCCUUCGUCGGUUCCGACCAAGCUGGUAAAUACAUUUACGAACGCGCCGGCAAGAACGGCAAGCGUGUCCAGAGCAACAUGGGUGCCAAGAACCACGGUGUUGUCAUGGCUGAUGCCAACAAGGAAAACACAUUGAAUCAAUUGGCUGGUGCCGCCUUCGGUGCUGCUGGUCAACGCUGCAUGGCCUUGUCCACCGCCGUCUUCGUUGGCGAAGCCCAAAAAUGGAUCCCCGAUUUGGUUGAGCGCGCCAAGAAAUUGAAGGUCAAUGCUGGUCAUGUUCCCGGUGCCGAUUUGGGUCCCGUCAUCAGUGCCCAAUCCAAGCAACGUAUCCACGAAUUGGUUGAAUCCGGUGUCAAGCAAGGCGCCAAAUUGAUUUUGGAUGGCCGCAGCCUUAAAGUUUCCGGUUACGAGGAUGGCUACUUUGUUGGACCCACCAUCUUGACUGAUGUCACCCCCGAUAUGGACUGCUACAAGGAGGAAAUCUUCGGCCCCGUCUUGGUCAUCUUGAAUGCCGAUACCCUCGAUGAAGCCAUCGAAAUGGUCAACAAGAACCCCUACGGUAACGGUACCGCCAUCUUCACCACCAACGGUGCCACCGCCCGCAAAUUCGUCAACGAAAUCGAUGUCGGCCAAGUCGGUGUCAAUGUACCCAUUCCCGUGCCAUUGCCCAUGUUCUCGUUCACCGGUACCCGUGGCUCCUUCCGCGGUGACCAUCACUUCUACGGCAAGCAAGGUGUCAAGUUCUACACACAAACCAAGACCGUUACCCAAUUGUGGCGUGAAUCUGAUGUAAGCCAUACCCAGGCCGCCGUUGCUAUGCCCACCAUGAAGUAA